ACAGUUUAGAAGACAAAAUUCUUGUAAAGAAACAAUAUCCCAUCUCUAACACAAGCUGAAGAGAGAGAUCUAGAGAUGGGAAGAGCUCCUUGCUGUGACAAGGCAAAUGUCAAGAAAGGUCCAUGGUCUCCUGAAGAAGAUGCUAAGCUCAAAGAAUACAUCGACAAAAAUGGCACCGGUGGCAACUGGAUUGCUCUCCCUCACAAAGUUGGGCUGAGAAGAUGUGGAAAGAGCUGCAGACUGAGAUGGCUAAACUACCUCAGACCCAACAUCAAACACGGCGAAUUCACCGAUGACGAAGAUCGAAUCAUCUGCUCUCUCUUCUCCACCAUCGGAAGCAGGUGGUCGAUAAUUGCGGCUCAAUUACCGGGGAGAACAGACAACGACAUCAAAAACUACUGGAACACGAAGCUGAAGAAGAAGCUCAUCAACAUGGCUAACACUCACCACCGCCAACUCCUCCACCCGCUCCCAAUCCCAUCGCCAUCACCAUCACCAAACCCUCCAUUCAUUCAAUACUACUCGGCGCCCUCUCCAUUCCACGCACAAACACCCCCACUGUGUGACGCCUACACCAACCCCAAUAAUGUGUUGGCGUUUGAUCAAGGCAGCUGCAGCUCCUCCGACGGCAGCCAGAUCAGCCACCAGAGCUUCGCCUUCCAAGGAAUUGACGAUCACCACCAAAACCUCUUCUUCAACGACGCCGGCACCUCCUCUUCCUCCUCGAAUUACGCCUGCUUCAACGAUAAUCCGCAGGAUUACUACAGCAGCAUCGAGGAGAUCAAGGACCUCAUCACGAUCAACGACGGCAGCGACAAUUUCAGCUUACUCAUGGAUGAAAUCAAGGCGGAAGAGGAGGUUUGGUGCAAUGAUCUCAUCGUUUUCAAGGUGUGAGUGAGUGAUUGAUUUCCAGAUUUCUGAAAUUAGGGUAAUUAAUUAGGCCUAAAUUUAUUUUUGUUUUCUUUUGCUAUUUUGAUAUUGGGAGUUAUUAUUAUUAUUGAUAAUAAUAGUAUUUGAUUUGAUA